GCCAUGAGAGGUGUGUCCAUGUAGAUGAGUAAAUAAAUCUGCAUCUUAAGUGGCGUGUCGCGUUAACUUAACGUCUAUCGGCGUGUGGCGUUAUAUUAACGCGUGGUGGCGUCUGGCGUUUACUUAUCGCGUAACGGCGCUUAUUUAACACCUGGCGGCGUUAUGAAAACGGCGUUUUAAAAUUAAUACGGCGUUGAAAAGCACGCGUUUUCUGGUCCACUUGGCUUUCCAUAAGUCACAGCUCGUUUGUUGAAACGCAAAGUUUGGUCGUGUGACCUGUGAGGAGGGCUGGUCUUGAAUAAAUCUCUACUUUGACGAGCCUCUUCUGACUCUUGUGUUACAGACCGGAGCGCUGCAUUGUUAAUUUUUCCUGCAAAUCAUCGGAGAUUAAAAUAUGGGAAAGGUUGCCCGGGACUUCAGUUCUUUUUGAGAAGAAUUUCAAGUCAUCUUUCGGACUUCAUUAAAGAAGAAAACACUUUUCGUCUGAGCGGACAAGUAAACGUUUAUUUCCAUGCAUCAAUUCAUUGCAUAAUUUAAGGACGAGAAGCGUUAACCAUCGAUGAACCGGAUACCAUCCAUAAAAUUGACCAGAUGCCAAGGUUAGCGUAAAUCCUAAAUUGCCAUCCCACACUAUAAUUAAACAACGCCGUGCAUCAGCUGUUUGUGUCCGAUAGACGCUUCAGUAGAUUGUUGAACUCACGAGCUCGUGGACGACAUUGGUAUUGUGCUUGUUGCUAUACAUUUGCUGACGUUUCACGGGAUUAUAUGUUGAAUAAAAAUCUCUGGAUGGACGGAACCGACUAUAUGCCGUGUCGUGUGGAUUACUGAGAGAGAGUCACGCGUGGGAAUCGAGACACCUGACACCUGAUACCUGUAACUUUUCUCUCUCGAAAGCUCUUCAUUGCGCUUUUGGUCGCUUGUUGACACGGUGUUUUUUUUUUUCUUUUGUAUUAUUAAACUCUUAACUGGUUUGGUAUAAUGGUCAUGAUAGCUGUAGAUAAAGUUCACCAGCAUCACAGUCCGACAGAUUCUCGCUGGGAAUUCGCCUCUGGACUGUAGACGUCGGUCAAGAGAUAUUUUGGAGGAGCGCUGUUGUUUAUCAUCACAAACGGGAUUUAUUCAUGGAAACUACGAUGUCCGUUAUACGCUCUUGGUUGGAAACUCUGUUGCUGUAUAUGUUCAUUUCAGAUGUUGCUGGUAAAGUUUCCCCUACCAGUUCAGAUGCCCUCUUCAGUUUCCCGGUUACUAGUACCACCUCCAGCCCACCAGAAGUUUACCUCCCUGCCAACUUUAAGCUCUCCAACACACAGUUGGCCUUCUUUCUCCAAGAAACACGAGUUCCACCAUAUGGCAGCCAACGUGGACACCCUCUUCAGCGUUCAGAAAGCUUUGUGGUCUUUCAGACCAAGGAGCUGCCUUCAAUCAACAUCUCACUUGGACCUUUCACCCAAGACCAGAUACUGUCCAAGGACCUACUGCAGCCGUCAAGUCCUUUGGACAUUCCUGGACGGGUGACAGUCAACUGGAAGGUCCGGGCGUUUAUUGUACAAUCUAGAGUUUUUGCUAGUAACCCAUUGGUUCAGGUGCUGUUCUAUAUAGCAGGACGGGACUGGGAUGACUUCAAGAUUCAGGAUAAGCUUCCAUGUGUGAGGCUGCAUGCUUUUAGAGAUGUUCGGGAGAUCAAAACUUCCUGCAGGCUUCAAGGGAAUCUGGCGCAGUGCUUGGCCCAACUGGAUCUCCCUUCCACAUGGUUUAAUGUUAAUGUAGCACCACUGGGUCGCAGAAAGUUCUCUGGGACGGAUGGGCUUGAGUUAAGUGGAGAGACCCUUCAGGUAGAGCUUUACUAUACCCUCCAUGAUCCAGAUAGCAAUGAUGAAUGUGGGGAAAGCUACCCACGCCAAGGAGGGGCAUCCAGAGGGGAGAGCUCAUCCCAACAACCCCUUCUCCGUAUUGGGAGCAUCAGUUUGUAUCAGCCCAGUCAGGAACAACUAGUUGUAGACAAACAGCUUGACAAGAACCUCUUUUUGAGGCUACCAGAGAGGCCAUUAAAGCCAGGAGAGACCCUCAACAUCUACCUGCUUCUGGUCCCAAAUUCUACUGUGGAGCAGUUUACACUCAAGGUUAAAGCAAAGAAAGGUGUGAACCUUCUUAGCACUAAGUCGAGGAGUAACCAGUGGAAGGUUGAAUGGGAUGUGCAGUCCGGAGCCAAACACUCCAUUGCAACCGUGGAAGCCAGUAAGAUCAAAGGAGUCCCUGGGGACAUGGCUGCCAGUAUCGAAAUUAUGCAGCUAGACUUUGAGAUGGAGAACUUCACCAGCCAAUCAGUCACCAGAAGAAUCAACUGGAAUAUUGAUUACCGGGGCCAGAAUCCAGCCUCGGAUGCAGAGAAGGUGGUCACAGAGCUGACGGUGGUGCAGAAGGACAUUCAAGCCAUCAUUCCACUUUCAAUGGACACUGAGAUUAUCAACACGGCAGUUCUUACUGGCCGAACUGUGGCCAUCCCUGUCAAGGUGGUUUCCAUAGAACUGAAUGGAGCGGUCACUGAUGUGUCAUCCUCUGUGCAGUGCAAGUCAUUCAGUGAGGACACUGUCAAGGUGUCCAUGAACUGUGACUAUGUGUUUGUGAAUGGAAAAGAGACGCGUGGCUCCAUGAACGCUCGAGUCAUUUUCAGCUAUGAGCACCUGAGUGCCCCUCUUGAGCUCACAGUCUGGGUGCCCAAACUGCCCCUUAAAGUGGAGCUCUCAGACAACAAACUGAGCUUCAUCAAGGGCUGGAGGGUGCCCAUCCUACCCGACCGCAGAACUGCCAGAGACAGCGAUGACGAUGAUGAUGAUGACCGUAAAGUGAGCCGGGGAUGUACACUUCAGUACCAGAGAGCUCAGGUUAAGGUUCUGACCCAGUUCCACACAACCUCUACUGAAGGCACAAACCAGAUGAUCACUAUGCUCGGUCCUGACUGGCAAGUGGAUGUGACAGAGCUGGUGCAAGACUCUCUGAAGGUGGUGGACGCCAGGGUGGCUGAGUUGGUGGACAGGACGGUGCUAGUGGCCAACGAGCUUGGAUCAUCAGCUCUGAAGGUUGAAUCCCCACUGGCAGUGGAGGCGGUACUGGGUGAAACACAGUUCUCUGUGGUAGACGAGAAAGUGUCUAUAGUGGAGUUACGAGUCCAUGCCAUCUCGGGACUGGCACUUAAUCUUCAACCAAGCCCUGGAAACAGCCAUACUAUGGUUGCCAAGGCAACUGGUGUACAGACUCUCUCCACUCUUAAGCAGGAGGCCAGUUUGUCCAUCUGGGUUUACUACAGUGACAAUACCGCCGCCCCCCUGAGUAUGUACGACCCUAAAGACUACAACCUCAAUGCCACCACAGCAGAUGAUAAGGUGGUUACGGUGGCUCAUCAGCCCCAGCAACGGUGGCCAGUCAUCGUGGCCGAAGGUGAGGGCUCAGGAGAAGUAGUGCAUGUGGAGAUGACCAUCUGUGAAACCUGCCAGAAGACUAAACGAAAGAGUGUCAUUGCUAUGUCUCCCGUGUUCAUCAAAGUCCGCUUUGGACUGGAUGAAGACUCUGAGGAGGAAGUGGAUACAGAAACUGAAAUAGACACUCGAAUUCCUGCCAACACAAGAAGGCCCGCUAUUGAUUCCAGCGUAGGUGGUGGAGGGUAUGAGCCAUCUAACGAGCAGCCUGCAAGUGUGCCCAUUGAUUACACCAACUUUCCUACUAUAAGCAAUCCGGAAGAACCAACCGAAGAAGACGAGGAGGAUGAUGAGUUUGUGCACAGUCCCCGUAGCAUGACUGACCUGGAAAUCGGCAUGUAUGCUCUUCUUGGGGUGUUUUGCCUUGCCAUACUGGUCUUUCUUAUAAACUGUAUUGUAUUUGUGUUGAAGUAUCGCCAUAAGCGCAUCCCUCCUGAAGGCCAAGCCAACAUGGACCAUUCCCACCACUGGGUGUUCUUGGGUAACGGGGAACCCCUCCGCACUCAGAAUGAUCUCUCGCCUCAGACAGUGGAAAGCCCCAGCAACACCUUGGAGGGGGUACAGACUUGCUGUCAUGGGGACCACCACAGCAGCGGCAGCUCCCAAACAAGUGUACAAAGCCAAGUCCAUGGACGAGGAGAUGGCAGCUCCGGAGGUUCAACCAAAGACCAUGGAGAAGACGCCAGCUCUCCGACCUCCAAACGCAAGCGUGUCAAGUUUACCACCUUUACCCAUCCCAAAGAGGAUUUACCCUACAACUCCAUCCCCAUUGCCAAUGAAGAGGACAUUCAGUGGGUAUGCCAAGACAUGGGCUUUCAGGACCCAGAGGAACUGCAUGACUACAUGCGCAGGAUAAAGGAAAUAGCCUGAUAUGGCUAUGUGCUUUCUAAAGACAUUCCUUUCUACUUUUCUCUCUUAAUUUUCACUCUAGAGGAGGUACAUUUGACAAGAAAAACAACCAAGGCCUAGUGUCCAGUUUUGUUGGGGUUUUCUGCACAGUGCUGUUUCCCUUACACAUUGACACUUGUACAAACAAAAAAAUAUUAAUGACGCUGCCAGGGAAGCCAAAGACGAGUUGGGAUUCUAGCAAAAAUGGCUGUAGCAGUGUAUGAUUGCUGCUCAGUAGAAGGGUGACUAUACAAUCUUUAAAGGAUAUCCAAAUGGAUUCCUCAAGUACUCAAUCAUGUAUGGGUCACCCUACUGUGGAUAGGAUCUUUCUCAGAGGAAUGCCUGGAGUCUUGGCACUGUGUCCAUUCUUCUUCUUCUUCUUCUUCUCUCUCUUUUUUUUUUUUUAAUUCAACAGAUUCUUCUAACAAAGAGGCCUUUGAAGUGCAGAUUCUACUUUUGUCCCAAAUUUGUUUUUGAGAUGGAUCAUUUUCUCGCCAUAGUUGAUAAACCUGACACUUAGCCACCGAAACUGUCAGGGACGUUCGUGAGAACGUGCCAUGGAUUCUUUGUCAGUGUUGUAAAUGUUGAAUGGUUUUAUCCUCCUGCCCCUCUUUUCAGCAUUAUCUUGGUUCAACACAUGCCUUGGUUGCUGAAUUAGUUUUUCAUCUGUCUUUGGUAAUUCAUAGUCAUUCUCAAUAUGGAUGCCACCUUUGCUUCUCUCACUGUCUUGGUUAAGUCUAAUGCCUUAUUAAACGGAUCUCAAUAGUAACAGCCGCAUUCUGUGCUGACACCACAUUUGUUCCCAUUGUUAAGGGCCAAUGCAGGAGCAACUCUGCAGAUGUCUGUAUCUCAAUUAAAUUUGUGUUGGCACAGGAAAGGCAGGAGCUUGAACAUUGUGGAGCUAGAUAUCUUCUCCAACAUUCCUCUGCAUGAAUGGAGACUUGCAGGCACAAUUAGCGCUAUUUUUUUUUUUUUUUUUCGUUUUUUACUUUGUAUAUGUUAGUAUUGUGAGAAUUAUCUAAUCACACAUGAAAUUAUAAUAGAAUACAUAUCAUGUUACCAUGCAUUACAUGCAUGUGCCAGACCCUCCCUUCUGUGUACAAACCAUGUUCAGUACAUAACGACUGCAGAAGCUUAACUCUUGAUUACUCCAUUAGCCUGAGGAAUAGGGGAGGCAGAUGCCAUACAGGGACUCGGCAGGCAGAUACUUGAAUUUCAGUGAGGCUUUCUUUUCUUUUUCUCUUUUUCUGUAUCUUUACUGAUCUCACCGUGAAUUCCCAUCCAGGCGGUAAUAGAGUUAAGAUCUCUGGUAAGGAUAAAAUGCUAUGCAAACACACUACAUUUGUUAAUAUACCAAGAAAUAUCUCAAAACUAGUUUUAACAUCUGCCACAAUGUAAACUGCAGGUUUUGAGAUUUAUUUCUUUGAACAAGAUACUUUGAAUUUUGAACUCUGAAGCUCACUAAAGCUUUUUCAAAGAAAACACCACAAAAUGUGGUAGCACAGUAGAUCAAGCCCAAAACAUUCAACAUUUAGUAGUUUAGAAAGGGGUAAGCUGGUAAUGAUUCUGAAAGCUUUUUUGGAGCAGUGCACCAAAAACGGAAAAAAAAUGAUAGCUGUAUUGUUGUUGACCUAUCACAGGUUAGUUUCAGGGUUACAGUCCCCCAGUUUCUUCAGGACACCUAAAGUCAAACUCUGUAUUAAAGGUUUAUUUCCCCACUGUGCUGUAUUUGUAACAUGCAGAAUUAAUGCAUGACUUUGUUUUAAUAGUCUUAUUAGUCAUUUUCCUGUAACCAGAAAGGUACACCUAAUAAAAGAUGUUUAUUCUAUUAUUAUUAUAACAUUAUUUUUAUUUAAUUAUUAUUUUUUUAACUCACCACUAAUUCAAUUAGGGUUCCUUUGCACUCCAGAUUAAAGUCACAGAUAACUUAUUACUGACACCUCUCCACCUAUCUCCUAUGAUUUGUAGCCCCCUUCAACCCAAAAGAUUCUGUUGAGUAAACCUUCUUGUGAUGAAAUGUUAAUUGAUGAUGUAACUCGUCAAGGUAUAAGGUUUUGCUAAACAGUUGGAGUGUUGGUCAAAGGUGUAGUUUGACCCACAUUUUAACUUCAUGGAGGCUUAGAACUGAAUGUAAUCUUUUCAAAUGUACCUUGAUGAUCAAAAUGAACCAUUUCCAAUGUGUUAUUAAGGUCUUCUGAUGGGGUACAUAAGACUCGAUAUGACUACUAGCAAGUCUCUGGUAGCAGCUCAUACACUUUUCUGGUUUCUAAAAUUAUUUUCCUUGGUGUAAUAUCAUCAUCCGGACAUUUUUGCUUUCAUGUUUUUUUCUACUUUCGACUAUGUAUGUAUGUAAAUAAAACAGCAGUUGCAAUAUCUGCACUUACAUUUUUCUUUUUCAAGAGGAGCUGCUACUAGGCCUUUGCCUUGACCACAUGCUGUGUUGUGGUGUAGAUUUGAGCUGUACUCUCUGAUUGCUGAAGCACGGUACUGUCAGCCAUGUGCUGACACACCCUUAAUGUACAGAGCACUGUUACAACAUCCUGUAUCCUCCCUUAAAAGAAACUGUUGUAUUUCCCUCCUUAUAUGUAAGUACUAAAGAAAAAAACAAUGCAUAAA